AUGAGCUGGUGCAAACUGCUUACUUUGGUCGCGAUUUCCGCGUCAUACGUUCUUGCAGACGACUCAAACCUUUCGCUUAACGGUACCUGGUCAUCAAAGUCAAACACUGUGUUUACGGGACCGGGGUUUUAUGACCCUAUCGAUGAACUUUUGAUUGAGCCGGCACUGCCAGGAAUCAGUUACUCGUUCCACGAGGACGGCUACUUCGAAGAAGCCAUCUAUCAAGUCACACCAAAUCCUAAAAACCAUUCUUGUGCAGUCGCCGCGCUCAUUUUCCAACACGGUACCUAUGAAGUGAACUCGACUGGUUCGAUCAUCCUUACACCAUUUGAAGUCGACGGAAGACAACUUCUGAGCGAUCCUUGCAACGACAACGGUGUGUCCACAUACUCCAGAUACUCGCAGGCGGAGGUGUUUAAAAGCUACGAGGUGUCUCUCGAUUCGUAUCACGGAAGGUACAAAUUGAGACUCUACGAGAGCGACGGAUCACCAAUGCAGCCGUUAUACUUGGCUUACAGACCGCCUCAAAUGCUACCAACUAUCACCAUGAACCCUACAGCAGGCGCCAGUGACGCAUCAAACACAGAAUCGGCAGCCGCGUCAUCCACAGGGUUGUCAAAAAAGGUCAAGAGAGCUCUAGAGAAUAGAUACAGAACUAACGCUGUGAGGAAGUCAAAGUACAACUAUGAUCUGUUGUGGUAUGUGUCAAUAGCAAUGAUCCUUGUGGGAGGAUUGAUGGUUUGGAGAGGAUGA